CAGCACCUCUCACAGUUCAUGUGUUUAUGAGCAUAACAGCAAGUCGCAUGAAUUACGUCACUGCAAAGGCUGGGCAGAUACCGCUGGCUUGCUUCCUGGUUACUGCAGCUUUGAAUCCUGUAUUCAUUUGGAAUGAAAGCACUUUCCAGGAACUUGGUUGCAUCGGUGCCUAGGGCCUAUAGCGAUCAGUCUUAUUGGGCUUCAUACGCCAUUGGCACAAGUGGAACCUGGAAAAACAGCAUUAGCCGCGUUCCCGGUCUCUCUGCAUCCAGAUCUGCCUACAUGCCUUCUGCCGUGCACAUCAAGGCUCGUUGCCCAGUAUAUCCCGGCUCAGACACAAGCCGCUUUCCAGUCCCUGAUGACAAAGUGGACUGGGAAGCAGACUGGCCCCAGUACAGCCCUGUUAACUAUACCGCCCACAUUGUGCAACAGAAGCCUGUUUGGGCUGACCCAGAUAUUGGGGCAUUUUCCCCACAGUUCAAUUCUUUGGAUGGAUCUGUCGACAGGAGGAGCCAUGAGGGCCCAUAUCUUAUACAGAGUGGCAGUCCACUAAAUCCACACGGAAGAACUGGACUGAAAGGCCGAGGACUAUUGGGCAGAUGGGGCCCUAACCACGCUGCCGACCCCAUAGUUACCAGGUGGAAGAGAGACUCUGCUGGACAGCCUGUCCACCACACUAACUCUCAACUACCCGUGCUUCAGUUUGUGUCCAUCAAGAGGAUUGACUGUGGAGAAUGGGCCAUCCCAGGGGGUAUGGUGGACCCUGGAGAGCGCAUUUCUCAAACAUUGCAGCGGGAGUUCUCAGAAGAGGCAAUGAACUCUCUGCAAUCAUCUCUAAGUGACAGGAAAGAGAUCCAAAAGCGGAUCACUGAGCUUUUCAACUCAUCAGGUCUUCGGGUGUAUAAAGGUUAUGUUGAUGAUCCAAGAAACACAGAUAAUGCUUGGAUGGAGACAGUUGCAGUGAACUUCCAUGAUGAAUCAGGCAAUAGUGUUAGUGAGCUUCCAUUGCAAGCAGGCGAUGAUGCAGGUCAAGUGAGUUGGAUUGAUGUUGACUCCUCCCUGGCCCUUUAUGCAAGUCACUCGCAUUUCUUGGAGACAGUUGCCAAGGAAAGAAAUGCCCACUGGUAGCAGGAAAAGUUUUCAAAAGUGCCUUUCUGUCCUCGGUCAUGUCAUAAAUGAAGGGAAAUCUUGUUUGACAGAAGCAUAAUGUGAAGAAUUGAAACCCAAUAUGAAGUGAAACCCAUUCGGCACAACACUGGUAAAACAUGCAUUCCAAAAGAACAAUUGUAACCUCAUUUAUUUGUGAACUUUCUUAAAAUCUAAUAAAAAGCAUGAUGACUGAAAAUAAAGGUACACUUUCACACAGUUAUUAAUAAUAGAGAAUUAUUACUAUUACUCAACUGAACUAAACACUACUACCUGAGUAAGAAUAUUGCCAAAAAAUGCAUGACUUUUCUCUGUAAUAACCAAAGGAAAAUAAACCCUCUUCAACACUUA